UUACCUUAAACUACAGCGGAAAACAAAAACCUCAAAACGAAAUAAUUAAAUCCAGAAACCCGCUGAAACUGGCGCUUUUUUUGGGACCUUUUUCUGUAUUUCUUGUCAGCGGGAGCUGUUUGUGUGUCGGAGCGGAGCUGUGAGGACGGAGAGGUGAAAAAAGCUGUGAAUUAAUAAUUUUUUUUGUUGAAGAAGUGAGGCUGACCGUCAGAAUGGAGUGCAGCUCCGCGGACUCGGACACUGCUCAUCAGUCUGCAGGGAAGGACAACUCCUGUUCUGAUGAUGAGGACUUUGUCCCGCUGUCGAAGCUCCUGGAGAAGAAGUCGUGUGACAACGGCCACGACCUGAACUCCAAACCAGACAAAGAGGAUUCUUCAGACGACGAGCCGCUGAUGAAGAAGAAGAAAGAAGCUCCUCCCAAACCAGAGUCAAACACUGACGGAGACUCUGACGACGAGCCUCUGAGCAAAAUCGCCAAAACCUCGUCCAAACCCAGAGGGAGGCCGAGAGGGACGCCCAAAAAACCUGCCAACAGGAAGAGGAAAGAGUCACCGGGCGAGGAGGAGAGCUCCGACGACGAGCCUCUGAGCAAAAUCGCCAAAACCUCGUCCAAACCCAGAGGGAGGCCGAGAGGGACGCCCAAAAAACCUGCCAACAGGAAGAGGAAAGAGUCACCGGGCGAGGAGGAGAGCUCCGACGACGAGCCGUUCGAUGAACCCGCCAAGAAAGUUCCGCCUCAGCAGAAGAGAAAAGCCUCGUCUAAAAAACCUGCUGCGGCCCUGAAAUCCAAACCAAACGCAGCCAGGAAGAGGAAGUCCUCCCCAGACGAGGAGGAGAGCUCAGACGACGAGCCGUUCGCCAAAACCACCAGGAGGCAGAGGAAGAGGAAAGCCUCGUCCAAUAAACAAGCUCCGCCCCUUAAAUCCCCACGGAACGCCGGCAGGAAGAGCGUUAACUACGCCGAGACCACCAGCGAGGGCAGCUCCGGCGACGAGCGGAGGGCCGAGAAAACCGCUUCAAAACGCAGAGCGCGGGAAAAAUCACCGAAAGACUCUCCGUCAGAGAAAAGCUCCGACGAAGACGACGUCCCCCUGUCCAAACUGAAGACGAGCAAACCGGGGAAGAAGAGCAGCGGCAGGCGAGGCAGGCCGCCCAAACGGACCCAAGAAAGCAAAGCUGAGAGCUCAGAGGACGAGCCGCUGGCCCGCCUGAAGACCAGCAGAACCCAAACGUCCGCUCACAAGAAGAAAACUGUGAAAAAACCAAGAAAAACAACUCAAACAGAAUCGAGCGAGGUUUCUGAGGACGACGCUGAACUCUCCAGGAUCAAACACCCUCAGGUGACCAAAAAGGUCCGAAUCCUGCUGAAGAGGUGCGACGUCGGGGGGGCCACGGGACGGUCCAGACCAGGAAAGAAGGUGUCGGACAGAUCUUCAGACGAAGAAUAAACACUGAAAACUUCAGUUCCUCUUCAACUUCAUUGUCUGCUUUUUAUAUCCAGGACUUUUACUGUUUCUGUCCAAAAUGGAUUUUUAAAGUUUUGUGUUUGAAUCCCGAUUUUUUUUCCAGAAAAUGAUUAAAACUUCUGCAUGUA